AUGAAACCACAAAAUCUAACAGAUGUCUCAGAAUUCCUCCUCCUGGGCCUCUCAGAUGAUCCCAAACUACAGCCCCUUCUCUUUAGGCUCUUCCUGUCCAUGUACCUUGUGACCAUGCUUGGGAACCUGCUCAUCAUCCUGGCUGUCAGCUCUGACUCCCACCUCCACACCCCCAUGUACUUCUUCCUUUCCAAUUUGUCCUUGGCUGACAUCAGUAUCAGCACCACCACCAUCCCCAAGAUGCUAGUGAACCUCCAGACAUACAGAAAAUCUAUCACCUACACAUGCUGCCUAGCUCAGGUGACCUUUUUUUCUUUUUUUGCAUGUUUGGAGAGUCUACUUCUGAGUGUGAUGGCCUAUGACCGAUUGGUGGCCAUUUGUUACCCUCUACAAUACCUGGUCAUCAUGAACCCCUGUACCUGUGGCUUGUUGGUCCUGGUAUCAUUUUCCAUCAGCCUGUUGACCUCCCAGAUGCACUACUUGAUGAUGUCACAACUUACUUUCUGUGCAGAUGUGGAAAUUCCUCAUUUCUUUUGUGACCUUUCUCAACUCCUCAACCUGGCCUGUUCUGACACCUCCAUCAAUAACAUAUUAAUCCAUUUCAUUGGUACCAUCUUUGGUGGAGUUCCACUCUCAGGGAUCCUUUACUCUUAUAGUCAAAUUAUUUCCUCCAUUCUUAGAGUCACAUCAUCAGGUGGGAAGCAUAAAGCGUUUUCUACCUGUGUUUCUCACUUGUCAGUUGUUUGCUUAUUUUAUGGAACAGGUAUUGGUGUGUACCUCAGUUCGACUGUCUCAUCUUCCCCUAGGAAGGGUGCAGUGGCCUCGAUAAUGUACACUGUGGUCACCCCUAUGCUGAACCCCUUCAUGUACAGCCUAAGGAACAAGGACAUCAAGAGUGCCCUGUGGAGGAUUAUCUGCAAACAGCCUAACCUCAACACCUGUGCCACCCUGUUUUGGGUUCAUAGGCUGGAAAGGCAGUAA